CAUUCCGACUCCAUAAGCCACACCCAGUUUACCAAGAGCGUCGGCCCUGUCUUUAGCUCCAGAUACAUCAGUCAUUACCAUCUGGGCCCCAUGCAUUGCGUGCAUCAUGAAGGCAAAGAUGCGUGAGAAGAACAGAGCCGGGAGUCCUGUGGCAAAGGAGAGGAUGAGGUAGGUGAAGAGGCAGGACAGGAAGGCCAGCAGCAGAGCAGCUCUGGCUCCAAAGAUGUCUCCAAAGCGACCAAACAGAGGUCCUCCGAGGAGCAUAGCAACUGCAAACACUGUCUCCAUAUAGCCAAAGAUUACAGGGUCUGUCCCCCAGCUUCUUGGAGAGGAAUGGUAACACUCCAGUCUGGAUCCAGAAUGCGGCAGCGUAGAGGAAAAUGACUGUGUACAUGACUAUAGACAUGCGCCGGCGAAGAUCAGAGCUUUUUCUAGUUGCCUCAUCUCUCUCCUCCCUCCCCAGGCUGUUGGCCGAGCGUUGCAUCUUACCCAGACCACAACACGAAGGUUAGGAGAGCUCAGCCUAACCUGCAAGCAAGGAGUCGCUGCUGUUUGUAAUGUUCUAAACUAACGAAUUGUCACGGAGUGGAAUUUUGAACAAAGAAAAUGGCGAGUUCUGACGUUGACGUUUUGUUUGAGGUGCGUACGGCAUUCUACCUAGGCAACUACCAGCACUGCAUCACGGAGGCGCAGAAGAUAAGGCCCCCCACGGCUGCCCUGGGGGUGGAACGCGACGUCCUGAUGUACAGAGCAUACAUCGCUCAGAGGAAGUACGCCGUCGUCAUUGACGAAGUCAAGUCGUCGUCUGCCUCUGAGCUGCAGGCAGUGAAGCUGCUGGCCCAGUAUCUCCACAGCCGAGGGAAACGAGAGGCUCUGCUGAAGGAGCUGGAGACUAAGAUCAAUGCCGGAGUGGACGCAGACAACGACACCUUCCUCCUGAUGGCAGCCUCCAUCUUCUACUACGAACAGAAGUUUGACUCCGCCCUCCGCUGCCUCAACCAGGCCGAAUCUCUGGAGGGGGCAGCCAUGAGAGUCCAGCUCUAUCUGGCUAUGCACAGAGUCGACCUUGCCAAGAAGGAGGUUCGUGGGAUGCAAGAGAAAGACGACGAUUCCACUCUCACCCAGCUCUCCCAGGCCUGGGUGGGGCUGGGGGUCGGAGGGGAGAAAUACCAGGACUCCUACUACAUAUUCCAGGAGAUGGCUGACAAGACCACACCCACUCCUCUGCUCCUGAAUGGCCAGGCUGUCUCCUACAUCCACCAGGCCAAGUACGAAGAUGCCGAGUCUCUUCUGCUUGAGGCCCUCUCCAAGGAUAACAACAAUCCAGAGACACUGGUGAACCUAGUGGCAGUAUCUCAGUACCUUCACAAGCCUCAUGAGGUGGCGUACAGGUAUCUCUCCCAGCUCAAAGACGGUCACCCUGAACACCUGUUUGUGAAGGAAUACUUGGAGAAGCAUGGCGGACGAGCCUCCACCGAUGGACUUCCAGGACGAGGAAGCAAGGGAGAAGGUCGAGGAACCCGCGGCCACCAUGACAGCAGAGCCAGAGGAAAGGAAGAGGAGGAGGUGCAGGACAAGGAAGAAGACGAGCCCCCUACGGUGGAGCCCGAACCUGAACCGCAGGAACCAGCACCCGUCUCCGCCGCUCCGCCUCCCACUCUGGAAGCGCAUGCGGUAGAGGAGGAUGAGCCGCCCGCCCCUGUGGCAAAGCCGGUCACCCAGACACCUCCGCAGAAGACUCUGGACCUCUUUGAGGACGACGAGCCGCCUCCUCCGCCUCACGUGAGCUCCCAGGAAGAAGAGGCAGAGGAUUUACAGCAGUAUGAACUGGAGAUCACGGUCUCUGACCCCGAGAAGGUGGGAGACGGAAUGGGGGCCUACAUUGUCUACUGCAUCACUACCAAGACAACCGUGCCAGCAUUCAAGUCACCCGAGGCCAGCGUUCGCCGGAGGUUCAGCGAUUUCCUCCGACUGCACAACAAGAUGGCUGAGACCCACCUCCCAAAAGGUCGCAUCGUGCCUCCAGCUCCAGAGAAGAGUGUUAGAGGGAUGACGACAGUCAAGUUCUCAAAGAGUGAAGAGGGCAAUGCGAUGUUUCUGGAGAGACGGCAGGCGGCUCUCCAGCGCUACCUCAACAGAGUAGCCAAACACCCGGUCCUCAGAAAAGACGCUGACUUCAUCGACUUCCUCGAGAACCCAGCAGAGCUGCCUAAAGCCACAGAGACAACGGCCCUAAGUGGAGCUGGGUUCAUGAGGUUGGUGAAGAACGUCGGACAGUCAAUCUCCAAGAUUGCCAGCAAGAAGAGUGAAACAGACAGCUGGUUUGACGAACAUCAGCAGAACUACGAGGCUCUAGACGCUCAUCUGAAGAAACUCCACCAGGCAAUAGAGGGCAUGAUCUACAGUCGCAAAGAGCUCUGCACGACGACAGGUAACUUCGUCAAGAGUGUUGCAACUCUGGGAAACGUUGAGGAGAAUAACACAGUGUCUCGAGCUCUCUCUCGUCUCUCUGAGGUGCAGGAGAAAGUCGAGAGCCUUCACAGUGAACAGAUAAAACAAGACUUGUUCACGUUUGGGGAGACUGUGAAAGACUACAUCUCACUCCUGGGAGCCAUCAGAGCUGCUUUUGACAUGAGAGUCAGGGCGUACCACGUGUGGCAGACCUGCCAACAAACUCUCAGCAAGAAGAGAGAACAGGAGCAGAAACUGACUGCCUCUGGGAAGAUGGAGAAACUGCAGGCCGUCAAGACAGAGAUAGAGGAGUGGGAGAAGAAGGUGGAGGAGAGUCAAAAGGCAUUUGAAGACGCAUCGAAGACGCUCAAGACGGAGGUCACGAGGUUCGAGAGUGAGAGAGCUGCAGAGUUCAAGGAAAAGAUCAUCCGCUAUCUGGAGUCACUUAUGAGUAUGCAACAAGAGCUGAUUCGGGUUUGGGAAGGCUAUCUGCCUGAUGCCACAGCCAUAUCAGUGGACCAGUGACCAUAGCAACCAGAACACUAGAUACACUAGCAAAAUUGUUUUUUCUCUGAUUAUUGUGAUAAAACUUUGUGAAAAAGAAACUGGACAUCGCAAUAGCACUAGAACAGAGUGGUGCUGUUACACAUGAUGAUUGUGGUAUAUAAUUGUGAGCCUCAAUCUGACAGUUUCUCCAGAAGAAACGGAGCUUUCUCAACCACAGCCGAGAGCAGUUUGGACACAUAUUCCCUCAGUCUGGCCGCCUCCUCCUCCUUCUCUCUGGUCAGAGAGAGCAGCUUCUCCCGGUCGGCCUCCUGCCACUCUGAGCUGGCCUCGGGGGCCGGUGCCACGCUCACAGUAUGUUUCUCCACCUCCAGUCUCCUCAGGACCCCCAGCAGCUGUUCCUUCUCCUCCAUCGCCUCCCGCCGUGACUUGACCUCUGUCGCCAGUUCCCCCCUCACCUUCUCCAGCUGAGCCGUGGUUUCUGCCAGAGACAGACUGACUGAAGCCACUUCCCCAACUCUCUCCAACAGAGCCGCGUUCUCUGUCUUCACCACUUGCAACUCUCUGGACGUGGCUUCCAGUUGGCUCUCUGCUGCCACAAUCUUAUCGCUUCUCUCCUUCUGGCUUUUCUCAAGCACUCCUACCUUCUCGUAUAGUUCGGCAAGUCUCGCUAUUGUUUCUCGUCGCUCCGCCAUUUCUUCCCGCAGACCCUCCAACUCUUCCUGAAGUUGUGAGCACUUUGCUGACCCCAGCUCCGAUUCCUCGAGAGUCUUCGAGAACUCUUCCCUCAGAGUCUCCUCCGCUGUGUUGGCCUCCGAGGCCUCAUGUUGUGCGGCCACAAGACUGCUCUCCAGGGACACCAGCUGCCCCCUCAGUCGCGCCACCUCUCCCUCCCUCUCGUCUCCCAGAGACGUCAGAGACACCCGCAGAGCCUCCUGCGCAGCCAGCAGUUCCUCUGUCGUUCUCUGCGACUCCCUCCACUUUCUCUCCAACUGCUGAAUCUUCCCCAAAUGCUCUCUCUCUGCCUCCACCUUCUCCUCCAGUUGAUGCGUUAGGGACUCAAUCUCUCUGUUCUUUGCUCCCUCAUUCUGAGCCUUUUCGCUCUCCAACGAGUACACAACUUCUUUCAGCAUUGCCUGCGAAGCCAUCAGCUGCUCCACGGCUGACGCCAGAUUAGUUCUCUCUCUCUCCAGGACUUUUAUCUUCUUCUCCUGGGAGGCGGUCGUUGACUGCAGCAAGACUACCGACCUCUGUAACUGGGUCUGCGCACUCUCUGACACCUCCAGCUGAGUUUUGAGUCUCGACACCUCCUCUUCUCUCGUGUGGAGGGUCAGCGUGACCUCCUGCACUCUGGACUCUGCACCUUCACACCUCUUCUCGUUCUCCCGGUACUUGUUCACUAGCUCAUUUAGACUUUUCUUUGCCUCUUGACCCUCUCUGUGUUUGUUCUCAAGCCUCUCCUGGGUCUGGCCGAGCUCUGUGAGUGCCGUCUCUAAUCUUACAGUGAGUGAUUCAAUCUUACCACUGCUCUGUGCAAGGCUUGAUUUUACUUCGGCACAUCUCUCGACAAGACUCUGUUUCUCUCCCGCCAGAGCUGCGUUGUCUGUUUCCAGCUGCCGAACAGAUGUCCGAAGCUUCUCCACCUCCUCGGUGAGUUGGCGGUUCUGUUGCAGGACUUCCUCCAAGCUUCCCUCCAGUUUUGCCUUCUCUUGCUCCGUCUGCUCGCAGGUUGUCUGGAGCUGGGCAAUGGUUGCCUGGUUGAUGCUGUUGGCGGACUCCCUCGCCUGAAGCUCUGACUGCAGGUGACACACACUCCGCUCGCUGGUCUGGAGAGAUUCUCUCAGACUCUUCACGUCGCCAGCACGACCUUCUCUCUCACUGUCCAGCUGGUCAGAAAGCCCCCUCACUCGCUGCCUCAGUCCAGCACACUCGGCACCCAGCUGCUGCAGUUCACGCCCCAUUUCCUCCUGAACUCUAGUGGCCUCGAGUCGUAUCUCCCCCAGCCCUCUCUGAGCUGUCGCGACUGUCUCCUCCAGCUCUCUGGUCUUUCCCGCGUCCUGCUCGUGUACAAACGUCAUUGAGGACACGAGAUCUUCGCUCUUCUUCUUCCCU